UAACAACAGUCGAGAGAAUUGGUUUCUGUCGUUAAACUUAAACCCGGGGGUUCCAGUGAAGUUCCUGCCUAAACCCCAGAAGGGCAAAACCAAGCGGAGACCUCUUACUAAGCUUUGUUAAUGGCGUCUCUCUCUUUCACCCAUUUCAUUUCGUUGCCCAGGUGGCGUUCAACUUACCUAAAUCACCACUUGCUGAACUUCGUUCAACAUCAAGAUUUUAGAAUGCAAAAUAAAUGGAGUCUUGCAGCUACCUCUAAGAAGAAAAUUUCUGAUAGUUUAUCUGAUGAAGAACCUAGUGAAAAUGGUGUAAUUUUGAAGAAGAGGACAACCAGGAGUUCUAAACGAGCUACGACUCGAACUAGGAAGAAAAUAUCGGAUGUACUAGAUGAGAAUUCUGAAUUGGGGGUAACUACUGAUGCUGCCAAUGAGGAAGUUUCCAAGAAAACCCCAAGGAGGACUCCACGAAAAGCUACAUCAGCUGCCACUGCUGUGAAGGAAGAGAAGACUGAGAAGAAAAUUAGGAGGGGGAGGAAGACUAAGAAGAUGGAUGAGAAUAUGGAGGAUCUAGGUGGUGAAUCUGAAAUAAGUGAUGUGGCGGAGUCUGCAUUCGUUCCAAAUGUUGAGGAUGAGAGCGAUGGAGACCUAGAACUGGACAAGGAUGAUGGAGAUGAUAUUAGCUACACGUAUGGUUGGCCUCCCCUUGUUUGCUGCUUUGGAGCUGCACAGCAUGCUUUUGUGCCGUCUGGAAGGCCAGCUAACAGACUUAUAGAUUAUGAAAUCCAUGAAAGAAUGAAGGAUGCAUUAUGGGCUCCAGAAAAAUUUGUAAGGGCACCUGGGGGAUGUGCAGGGGGUGUUGCAAUUGCUCUUGCAAAGUUGGGUGGUAAGGUUGCUUUAAUGGGAAAACUUGGGGAUGACGAAUAUGGUCAGGCCAUGCUAUACUAUUUGAAUGUGAACAAAGUACAAACACGAUCAGUUCGCAUUGAUAGUAAGAGAGCAACAGCACUCUCACAGAUGAAGAUUGCUAAGAGAGGUCGCUUCAGAACGACUUGUAUCAAACCCUGUGCUGAGGAUUCUCUAUCUAAAUCUGAAAUAAACAUUGACGUGCUUAAGGAGGCAAAAAUGUUCUACUUCAGCACACACUCCCUACUUGAUCAAAGUAUGCAAUUAGCUACCUUACAGGCAAUCAAGAUGUCAAAGAAGUUGGGAGGGGUUAUUUUCUAUGAUGUAAACUUGCCAUUGCCGCUGUGGCAUUCCUGUGAAGAAACUAAGUUGUUCAUACAAGAAGUGUGGGAUCAUGCAAAUGUUAUAGAGGUAACCAAGCAAGAGCUUGAGUUUCUUUGUGGAAUAGAGCCCACUGAGGAAUUUGACACCAAAAAUAAUGCUAGAUCCAAGUUUGUCCAUUAUGGACCCGAAGUGGUUGCACCACUUUGGCAUGAAAAUCUUAAGGUUUUAUUUGUGACAAAUGGGACUUCCAAGAUACACUACUACACCAAGGAGCACAAUGGUGCUGUGCUUGGCAUGGAGGAUGCCCCUAUUACCCCCUUCACAUGUGAUAUGUCAGCAUCUGGAGAUGGAAUUGUUGCAGCAAUGUUGAGAAUGUUAUCUGUUCAGCCACACCUCAUUACUGAUAAAGGAUACUUGGAGCAAACAAUCAAGUAUGCAAUUAACUGCGGAGUCAUAGAUCAAUGGCUGCUUGGACGGAUGCGUGGCUUUCCUCCUAAAGAAUACAUGGAAGAAGUGGAACCUGAUCCAAAUGGCAUCAUGUCAAUAACAGAAAAGGAAUACCGUACAUUGGAGCCUGUGAGUUGAUUUGAUGAUCAAGGCUGAUUUUUUUUAGCUUUGUGUUUGCAUCUGCAAGGCUGUGUAUUUGUCAUCGUCCUGUAAAGUAAAAUUGCUCAUGUUUUGAAGCGUAUCAGAUGUAAACGAAUUGUGCAACACCAAUUUUGUACUCUACUGCAUUUAUGAAAACAAAUUCAUGGA